AUGGGGCUGGACCAGUUCCCGAUGUUCCGCCUGGCGACGCUGCUGGCGCGCCAGCUCAGCUCGCCGGUCGCGGCGCGGAUCAAGGCGUUCGCGACGCGGCACCCGUGGGCGCGGCGCGCGCUGGUGGCGGGCACGGGCCGCGCCUACCGCGCCGCCGAGCUGCGCUGCAAGCUGUGGCUGCUGCGGCUGGCCCCGCCGCCGCGCGCGCCGCCGCUGUCGCAGGCCGAGGCCGUGCAGGUCGGCGCCGACAUCCUCGGUGAAAUGAUCAUAUUCAGUUUGGGCGCUGCCAUAGUGACAUUUGAAUAUAACAGACAAGCAUAUAACAAAGAACUUAAGGAGUUGGAUGAAAAAUCCCAGUGGGUAGCGGUGCAGGUGGGACUCGCGGAGCUGCAGCGCGAGGUGGCGCUCCAGCAGGACGAGCUGGACCGCCUGCACGCCGCCCUGCGCGAGCUGGCCGCCGCCCCGCCGCCGCCGCCGCCGCCGCCGCCGCCGCCGGCCGCCGGCCACGGGCCUGCAGCCGCAGCCGAAGGAUCCAUACCGCCGACAGCUCCGGCAUCCACGCCAUCGAUUAAACGUCGUCCUCCACAUUGUUAA